GAUGGGAGUAUUCCUGGUUGGUCUCUCACCUUCAGCUCUUCUUCAGCCUGAGAGUCUCCAAAACUCCACCUGUAUCUGAACUCUCACCAAGUCCUGUUCUUGACAGAUUUCUGAUUGGCCAAGUCGAAGUGGACUAGAGGCAUUAGCUUUGACCGGAGACCAUGAGUGAGCUUGAGCAGUUGCGCCAAGAGGCAGAGCAGCUACGGAGCCAAAUACGGGAUGCCAGGAAAGCAUGUGGAGACUCCACACUGACCCAGAUUACAGCGGCCCUCGAUCCAGUUGGGAGGAUUCAGAUGCGUACAAGGCGCACGCUAAGGGGUCACUUGGCUAAGAUCUAUGCCAUGCACUGGGGAACUGACUCCAGACUGUUAGUCAGUGCAUCACAGGAUGGAAAGUUAAUCAUCUGGGACAGCUACACCACAAACAAGGUUCAUGCCAUUCCACUCCGGUCAUCUUGGGUUAUGACUUGUGCUUAUGCCCCGUCUGGUAACUACGUGGCCUGUGGUGGCCUGGACAACAUUUGCUCUAUCUACAGCCUAAAGACCCGUGAGGGGAAUGUGCGUGUUAGCAGGGAGCUGCCAGGACACACAGGUUACCUGUCCUGCUGCCGUUUUCUAGAUGAUAACCAGAUUGUUACGAGCUCUGGCGAUACAACUUGUGCCCUGUGGGAUAUUGAAACUGGGCAGCAGACGACCACAUUUACAGGCCACAGCGGAGAUGUCAUGAGCCUCUCCCUUUCGCCAGACUUCAAGACUUUUGUGUCGGGAGCCUGUGAUGCAUCGGUCAAGCUGUGGGACGUGCGUGACAGCAUGUGCCGGCAGACUUUCACUGGCCACGAAUCGGAUAUCAAUGCUGUUUGUUUCUUCCCAAAUGGGAAUGCCUUUGCCACAGGAUCAGACGAUGCCACCUGCCGAUUGUUUGACCUGCGGGCAGACCAGGAGCUGAUGAUGUAUUCGCAUGACAACAUAAUCUGUGGAAUCACGUCAGUGGCAUUCUCCAAGAGCGGCCGUCUCCUGCUGGCUGGCUACGAUGACUUCAACUGCAACAUUUGGGACUCCAUGAAAGGCGACCGUGCUGGAGUCUUGGCUGGCCAUGACAACAGGGUUAGCUGCCUGGGAGUGACGGACGAUGGAAUGGCUGUGGCAACAGGAUCUUGGGACAGUUUCCUCAAAAUCUGGAACUAACCAUGACUUAAAGUGGGUGUCAUCGAUGCAAAAGAGAGAAAAGAGAAAAAAUAAGCCUCGAUUAUUUAGAUUCUGAAAACUUCAUGCCCUCCCUCCCUGCCCUCCCACCUUCCCUCCUUUCCACCCUCCCUCUCAAGAAGAAUCUACAGGGCAUGGGAGGCAAGGAAGAAGAGGAAGGAUGUGCCUGUGACAAAUGGAUCUUACCCCCUCUGCUCCCCCAAAAAAAGGAAAAAAAAAAGUACCCCACCCAAAAAAAUCCCACAGAUAUGAUCUGUUGAGGGUGAAAUUUUUUGUUACAGUAACAAAGCAAAAGGCUUGAAAAAGAAAUGGUUUGCACAAGGCUCUUUCUGGGGGUAGAGAAACUGUAAGUGGAUGGAAAGACUGCAAUCAAUUUUUUUAAAAAGAGGAAAAACUUAAAUUGACCCAGAUUUCUUGUGAGCUACUGGCGUCGGUCUAAGCUUUUGUCACCAGAAUUUGUGUUGUUUGUGCUCCUGGUUCCAGGUUUUGCGUGUGAAUGCAUGAGCGAGAGUGUGUUUCUUUCAAAAUCAUAUUGUGACUGAUGUCUCCUUUGAGCAACGUUACUCUUCUUUUCCCCGUAUCCUCCCAAAAUUACAGUGUCCUGCCUCACAGUGAGUGAGAUGUGUUAAAUUUUCACAAAUAAAUGGCCCAUGUGCAGCAAAGGAUCACUGCUAUUGGUCAGUGCUAGGUGAGGAUGACACUCCAGGGUAUGUGCUGUUGUUGUCUGUAAUACUCCCCCACCCUUGAGUCCCACUCACCUUAACUUUCAACAUUCACUCCCACCCUACCUCUGCCAUUUUCUCCCUUUCUUUAAAAUCAGCCAAAUCCUGACCUAUGUUUCUGCUUAAUUGCUUUCUCCCACUGUGCGAACAUCUGAGGUCUGUGCAUGGCACCAGCUUCUGAAACCAGAAGUCGAUGCAUUGGUAUGUUGAUUGGUGUGCAUGGAACCUCUGCGAGGUCACACACACAACUUGGAGGCAGCUCUAGUCCUGACUGGUUCUGUGCCAUAUCCUCCUCAAUCGCAGAAGUGAAUCCUUUUUGCCAUUAUCAUCAGUGCAUUGUAUGUUAAUAAAAGAGCAAUCACUUUCACUUAAUAACAGGGUACUUCUGACAUGAUGGCUCCUUAUGAGCCUACCUAUGAUGACAAUAUAGUCCGAAGCAUUUGCAGGAAGAAGCUGGUAGUUCUUUCUCUGGUAAUAGACGAAUUGGAGAGGGCUGGGGCAGGGACUCUCUGAUGGUAUUGGUCUUGGAUGGCCUGGUGCUGUGUUUUACUUUUGCUGUUUUUGUUGUGAGACCAUUAAAGGAGGCAACUGCAGUGAUGAAGCAGCUGGCAUCCGCAUUUCCCCAUGCUCUUAGGAUCAGCCUACAGCUCAUGCCUAUGACUUGAGUUUUUUUUUCCUGGGGGAAUGGUGCUCUGUCUGCUCCCUGCACAAGGUAAACCAGCCAUCACAAAUGUCCUGCACUGGUACCAACUCCACACCCUCUUUUCCCCAAAAUAAAAGUCUCUGGAGACAGAAGACUCUCUCCAUCAUACCUGGCAGAUAUUUCCAGAUGUUGGUAAAAAGCAGCUGUGUCUUAAAGAACCUUUUUGUGCUUUCAAACUAUUGGAAGAAGAGAUGCGAACUGCGCUGUUGAUCACUGUGGGCGGUCAUUGUUUCCUGCAAUCCAGGGUUUGUGUAACUGACCGUCUUUAACAUGCGAUAGGCAAGGGAGGAGACAUCUAGGGAAGUAUUUAGCCAAUAUGCACAAUGCUUAUAAUCUUCUGCUCACCCCCAUCAACUCAUCCAUCCACCCCCACGAACCCAUCCACCCAUCCAAGGAUUGUUGUGAGGUUGUCAUUUGCCUCUGUUGGGAAGUGCAGCUGCCACCUGCCCUCUCCCAAGUGUAUGUGUGUGUGUGGGGAGGGGGGCAGCAUUUAUAAAGUUGGAAUACACUCCACACAUUCCCUCCUGUACUGCAGUGCUUGUGAACUUUGAGGACCAUGACAGUACACGAGCAGCAGGAUUGUUAACUUGCCACAACCAGCUGAUUUGCUACUCUUAACCUGAAUAUCACAAGCCCCAUCAGGUAGAUGUGAUGCUGAGGUAAGAGUCUAGUAUUAAUGGAGUAUUGAAGUAAAAGAGAGGGUUUAGUGCAAUUUGUUCCACAGUAAUCUUGCCUUGAUGUGUCUCAGUAGUCAAUCAGACAUCUGUUUUAACGCCAGUGUUGAUUUUGAUUUCCUUGCCUUUCUGACUGUUCAUGCACUGAGCCAAAACGUGGUGCUAUUCUGGUUAACAGACACUGUUAUUCCUUUAUUUGUUUAAUAUGUCGGUCAGCAGCACUUUGGUGCGACCUGGGGCACCUAGUGGUGCAUUGUGCCAUAACCACCACUCAUCCAACUGUUGCCCAGAGCCAUCCCACAAAAAAUUGGGGUGCCACUAUUGAAGGGUUAGGUGGGUGGACUACAGUCGCUUGGCCAAGUUGACAAUCCACUUCACGAUUGUGUUAAUUACUAUAUUAGCUGGCAGGGACUGGACCCUGCUUAACACUCCCCCACCCCACAUUCCAAAUCUUCAGCUGACAUUCUGGGAGGGUGAUAAAAGCAGCAGCCUGCCAAUCCAUCACGGCCAGCCAGACUCUGGUUGUAGACAACCACUUUCCAAUCACCCACUGGGGAAGCCCAACCUGUUGCCAUUUCACUUAGUGAAACCAUCAGGGUGGGAGCUUGGGAGAACCCCUGAGGAAAUUCAACUCUUGUGUUCAUCUUUGACUGGGUGCCAGUAAAUGUAUCGACAUUUGGUAUUAGACUGAAGUUGGAGUUCUUACUGGAAGCAAAAGACGAAAUUUACAUGAAAUUUGCAUGGGAACAUCCCUCCUGCUUUUUCCUUUGGCAAGGAGCAUGGGAGAUCCUGAAACAGGGACACAGUUCCAGAAUAAGAACUAAGCCAUUUAGGACUGAGAUAGCAGGCUUUUUUUUGCACUCGGGGUUGUGAAUCUUUGGAAUUCUCUAUCACAGAGGGCUGUGUAGCCAGCCAUUGAGCAUAUUCAAAGCAGAGAUUGGUAGAUUUUGUGCGACUGAAGCUUUCAAGUGAAAUGGGGAUAAUGUGGGGUGAGUGACUUAAAUGAAGAUCUGCCGUGAUCCAGGUGACUGGUGGACCAUGCUCUAGGGGCUGAACGACCAAGUCCUAUAUCCUAUAUUCCACUGCUCUUUAGGAAUAACUCUGAAAUUCUGCUAUUGAUCAAGAACGUUUCAGCAAACUGAGCGUCUUGGAAAAGAGACGGCUGAUCAAUGACCUAUUGAAGGUCUUUAAAGUGCAGAAAGAUUAAGAUCGAGUGGAUCCGCGAGAAUGUUUCCUCUUGUGGGAAAAGCAGAACCAGAGGCCUUAGGAUAAAAGGCAAGAAAUCCUUUUGAAUAUUCAGGAGAAGUGUCUCCCUCCGGACAGUGAUGAGAACUCUCACAGACCGAGUUCGAGUGUGGAUGCAUUUAAGGAGUAACGUGAGGGAGAAUGGGAUAGAGAGAUUUGUGCUGAUGGUGAGAUUUUGAAAGAGUGGGAAGAAGAAAGUAUAAAACCAGUGCUGGUUUGGGUCACAUGUCCUCUUUCUGUGCUGAGCUAUGCUGUGCAACUACUCCCUUCCCUCAGUUCCUUGAGCUUGGGGUGAGUGGUUAAUUAGAUAGGUUAUUUGGUUGUAUUGAUCACCCCAGAGAGAGCGUGAGAGUAGUGAGUGAGUGCAGAAUCUAGUUCUCGGUGAUCGCUGGUGACAGAUUUUCAACUUGUUGAGGUUCCAGAAGGGAUGUUAUUGUUUGUGAGAUCCAGCCUGCUUAAGAAACCUUCAUUAUUAUUACUUCUCCCCACCCAGUGCCAUAUGACCCUUCUUAAAAGAAGGAACAAUUUUGAGGAGUUGACCAACUGUGUCUUUGUCUCAUUUGAAGAUCUUUCUGUUGCCUGUUGGGAGGACGCAAGUCAGUGCCUUGCAUGUUUGAAUUCUUUCCCAUAACAGGGAAAUAUUGCCAAUGUGUAAUGUUUGAAGAAAAGGGUGUUGGAGGGGGGGCUUGGUGAAUGAAGAUUUCAUGCCCCAAAAGACUGCAAUGGAUGCUGCAUGAUCUGCAUAGUAUCUCUGUUUUCCCUAUUUUAAUAUACUUUUGAGACCCCUUCCACUCCCAUUCUUGCACAGCCAAAAUUUCUCUCUCAAACCAACUUCACAAACAAAAAUCUGUCUUUGGGAUCUUGCUUUGCACAGAUCAGAUGCUGCACCUCCUACAAUGCAAAAGCACUUCACUGGCUGUAAAGGGCCUGUCCCUGGUCCAUCUGAAAAAGGCACUGCCAUAUCUGUUUCCAGAGUGAUAGGAAACAGUUUUACUGCCGGUUGCCUGUGAUGCUUCAAAAUUGUGUAAGAAAGGUUUAUUUUUUCUUAAAAGUAUAAUUUUUUGAAAAUUCCAUCUCUGGUGGGAAUCCUUUGAAGCACAGUUGCCAUCAUUGGACCACUAGAUCUAUGAAAGUUUCUGCCGUCUUUUCAAGCGAAUCAGUUUUGUUCAUUGUGUUGUCAGGUGAAUUUACUCAUCAUUCAACAGAUUCUCUCCUAACUGUAGCCUAGCUUGAGAGAUGGGGUCUGUGAGUUGCCCUGUUGACCUUGGUCAAUACUCUCUCUUUUCUCUUUCUUUCUUUCUUCCUCUCUCUCUUCUGCCCAAUGUCAUCACACCAUCCUGCUUUGAUUGGGCAAGGUAUCUUUCUAGAGAGUGGCCAUUCCACCUAUCCCAAAAGGUAAGUGGGAUAUGUAUGCGUCCAGUCGACUACAGACUGCAGCAGGCAUUUGGUGGGUUUCUGCAUGCAAACCACCCUGCUUUUUUCCCUCCUUCCACACACUCCUUCAUUGUGAGCCAAGCCCAGUUGGUGAGGGAUACAUUGCAGUGACUUGGCACUGUAUGAUGUAGCCAACGGAGGAGAGGUAACAUUGGCUGAUUGGCUAGGUUGUCAAGUAUCUAAUAUGUAAAAUGCACAGUUGAUAUUGUGUCACUAGUUGAAUACAUCUGAUACAUUAGUUAGUUUAGAAAGCCCUGCCAUGACGACAAAUUAGGCAUAAAUGAUCCAUUCAGAGAUUUUCUAACGAUAUGUGCUGUAGAUAGUGACAGAGAGGUCCCAACUCCUCUUCCAGUUGGAUUAUCCUCAACUAGAACCCUAAAAGCAAUUGAACAAAAGGUUCGGUCAAGGGGAUAAUGUCCCGGUGAAAAAUUGAUAUCUCCUUCCAGUGCUAACACUUUGCAGACUGUUAUGUUUGCUGGAUUAAACACUGGAGACUAAGGGGCAGGACUUGAUAUUCUGUUGCAGGGUGGAGUGAGAAAGUGGCGAGGAUAAUUUGAGGGAGCCAGUGACGUUCUUUUAAUUCUUUGAGGGGAGCUGGGGAUUAGUGACUAGGUCAGUGUUUGGUACCCAUUCUUACUUGCUACUUGGGAAAGUGAUGGUGAGUCACCACCUUGAAUUGCUGCCGUCCACGUGGUGCUAUAACAGUGCUGUUAGGCAGUUUCAAUAUUUUGAUCCAGUGAUUGUAAAGAAACAGCAGUAUAUUUCCAAGUAAGAAUUGUGCAUUGCCUGGAAGGCAACUUGUAGGUGCUGAUGUUUCCAUAUAUCUGCUGCCCUUGUCCUUUUGAUGGUAAAGGUCAUGGGUUUGUAAGGUGCUCUCAAUGAGUUGUUGCAAUGCAUGUUGUAGAUUGACUUGUGCCAUAUAGUUGGUGGAUAGGCUUUCGGGGAGUUAUGAUGUGAGUUACUUGCUGCAUAAUUCCCAGCCUCUGACUGGCUGUUGUAGUCAUGGUCAUUAUAUGGCUUGUCCAUCAGUUUCUGGUCAGUGGUCAAGGAUAUUGGUGGUGGGAGAUUAAGCACUGGGAUUGCCAUUGAAUUUUAAAUACCAGUGAGAGGAGGAUGUGCUAGGCCAAAAUCCUAGAACUCCCUCACCUGACAAGUCUAUGAGCCUGCGUUAUAAUAAUAAAAAUUCUCUCUUAAUAAAGGUCAUUGUGUUUGUUGAAGACCUGAAUAUAGUUUAUGGUUCCCAUACAUUUCUCUCUUCCCAACCUCCUCCCACUUUGAAAGUGCUGGGCUUUCCCCACUCAUCAGAUUUUUAAAAGCCGUUUCUUAAAAAUAACUCCUGCAGCGUGCGUCAGCAUAACCAAACUCAUUACUGAGACAGGUCGCUUGUGUUUAAAAGGAAGAGAGAGAAGCAUUUUUCUUAAAAACAAAAAGCCCGCUAUUGUAUGUUGCUGACUUUAACUUUGUAUAUAUUAUAUAUAGAAAAAAAAAUUGUGCACAGUGUAACCACUGGGCUGCAGAAACAAAUGUUAGUGUUGUGUUGAAGGAUAACGAAACAUUUUUAAAAAGAAAAAAAAGUAUGUUUUUAGAGACUGUAUUUAUCUGUAGCUAUUCUUGUUGGUGGGUUUGCAUUGUGUAAUUUCUUGAAGAAAAUGUCAAUGAAUGAUAGGUAUGUGUUCUGAAUUUAGAUAUUUUGGGGAGGGAGGGGUGAGAAUGUAAACUCUGUCCUGAUGGGCCAGUUUUUUUUAAAAAGUGUUUUAAAAAUUACAAUUUUUUUUUUAAAACCCCAAGCACUCCAUCUUUAUCAACUGUCCUUGCAUUGAAUGGGGUUGUUUUCUUGACCACCCUGUUCCUUUACGGAGGCUGGUGAUGGUGCAGUAUAAAUAUAUAUAAAAAUAUAUAUACUUUUUUGGGUUAAUUUUGUUCUGGCACCAUUUCAGCAAAGGCAAAGUGAAGACAAAAUAUGUUUGAAUUUUUCACUUUCUCUGCUCUUUGAUUUGAAUAAAGCAAUGUUCUGUGUUCUGUA